AUGGGCAAUAUAUGGUUUAGUUCGCCAUACGAGAAUAACGUACCUAUUAUCAAGGCUCAUAGUAUGAUUCGACCUGGACAGCGAAGUCGAUAUGUCCUCCAAUGCGAUCGGUACGGGGCUCCGCGGCCGGGAAGGGGUGCUGGCAUUCGGAAACGAAAAUCUCGAAAGUCGGGGUGCCUAUGGAAGAUUAUUGCCGAGGCCCUGCCAGAGAACGGUUUCCAGUGGACUCUGCAGCACUUCCCAGAUGCGGAACACCACCACCACAAUCAUAACCCCAGUACCGAUGCCGCCGCUCACCCAGUUCAUCGACGACUUACUAGCCCUGUGAAGGCGACCAUCCAGUCUUCCAGUCGACGGGUUGGCAUUCGUGCACGAGAUAUUGGUGGCAUAUCCAAACGGAAGUGGGUGCACACCACGAGGGAUAGCAGGACUGGCGAAGAGAGCAGUUCGGAUGAGCCCGACGCUGCCCUCAGCCAGCGUGAUCGACAGGCAGUACAGGCAUCCGGAAGGCAAGAAGAGCCAAUCACCCACGAUAACUUGUCUCGGCUGAUAACCCACGAUUACCACAGAGUGCUUAUGUUAUGGAGGCUGGUGGUGUUUACCGAGACGGAAGAGGAUCAUGAGAAGGCCUGGGAGUGCCUCUGUACGCAAUUCGGUGACCAGAGAGCAAUCCUUGCGUAUCUAUAUGGUACGUACAUGCCUGUGAGGGCGCAGUGGGUCCGUUGUUUUAUCCGGAAGUACCGCAACUUCGGCAUUCGAGUGACCUCCGGUACAGAGGCUAGCAACAACAAUAUCAAGAGCUAUCUCCUGAACGGCAUGAGUCAUUUGUAUCGGCUUGUCGAGGCAAUCCAAGAGUAUCUGGGCGAGCUCCCUAGGAUGGUAUCUCAGAAGGCACUUUCUUUAAUUACCAGGGAGCACCGCAAGGCAUUGAAAGGCAUUCCCGCCGCGGCAAAUCCGCGGCCGGAUGCCAUAGCAUCGUGCAACGACGAUUGCACUGUGCGCUUUCUGCUGCUGUCUUUGCUUCCGAUCUCGCCAUCCGGAGCGCGUCGUCUUAUCAUGCACGUUCGCCCGUUCAACGAAUACGAAGAUGCGCCAGAAGAAACGUACCUAGUUGUAGAGCAAUGGACGCGCAGAUCGGAUCUAUUGCAUGAAUUGAGACCUGGACAGAGUGGAAGCUCCUGCACCAAACCCUACCGCUGGGUUCUCCCCAUUUCCAGGGCGACUGUGGACGAGAUUCCUCGCCGUGCCGUUAAGUGCGGUAUGCUUAUUCCUUGCAUCAUUCAUGAAUUGGAGGUUCAGCUCAUUGCAUCGGAACUAUCCUCGGCACUUUUAGCGCCAGUUGGCAUUGCAGAUUUGCAGUUGGUGAUCGAAGCCAUCAGCUCACGCAGCGCCGCAGAGCCUGUCGACUAUGGACGUCUUGAAUUCUUGGGUGACUCGGUUUUGAAGUUUUUCACGGUUACUCAAGUCUACUCAGAGCACCCCUUUUGGCCCGAAGGCCUACUGAACCAUUUCAAAGAUCGACUAGUCUCCAACACCCGAUUGGCUCGCAUGUGCCUCGAGACAGGCCUAUCCAAGUUCAUCCUUGCCAAGACAUUCACCGGCGUAAAGUGGCGACCAUUAUAUAGAGACGACUUUCUGGACGUGAAGCCAGUCGAUGGCGCAUCGAGAUUUAUUGGCCCGAAGACCCUUGCUGAUGUGGUCGAGGCACUUGUUGGAGCCUCUUACCAGGAUGGAGGCAUGCACAAAUCUCUGAAAUGCAUCAAAGUCUUCUUGGGCUCCAAGUGCAACUGGCAUGAUGACGGAGUUGCCAGAGACAUACUAUUCCGAGCAGCACCCAGCGAUAUGCAGUUACCACCCACGAUGGAGUCUUUAGAAGAGCUAAUCGGGUAUACAUUUAAGAAGAAGUCUCUACUCGUUGAGGCUAUGACUCACGGGUCUUAUGUAGCUGAUGGGCAGCAGCGAUCUUAUGAACAACUCGAGUUUCUUGGGGAUGCGGUUCUUGACUAUAUUAUCGUAACACGGAUGUUCCGAUUCGACCCACCAGUAUCCAAUGGACGCUUGCACAUGAUCAAGACCGCCAUGGCCAACGCCGAGUUUCUUGCUUUUACAAACAUGCAACAUGGAUUGCGACGGCCUGAAAUUGAAUUUAAGGAUGGGGAACCGGUGUCUACCGAAGUCUCACUGCCAAUCUGGAAAUUCAUGCGCCACGGCUCUCCAGAGAUGGGCAGAGUGAUGAAUGAGACACAGGCCCGAUUUGAAAGUCUUCGAGAUGAAAUCAAUGCGGCUAGGACCAAUGGUACACACUACCCCUGGACACUGCUCGCACGUCUUCACCCCAAGAAAUUCUACUCUGAUCUUUUUGAGGCCAUUCUGGGUGCUAUUUGGUUUGAUUCAGGAAACAUCGAAACAUGCGCAGCCUUCCUUCACAAGUUCGGCAUCUUACCGUAUCUCGACCGAAUUCUCCGCGAGGAUGUUCAUGUUCAACACCCGAAAGAAGAACUCGGAAAACUAGCAGUCGACCAGAAAAUUGUCUAUGACUAUACUCCGGUUGACGGGCCUAUUAAAGAGUACCUCUGCACGGUCAAUGUUGGAGAUCGUGUCGUGGGAGUCGUAUCAGGGGCACUCAAUAAGCUUGAAGCCAUGACCAAGGCUGCCGAAGAGGGCGUAAACCUUUUGAACGCGGAGCAGAGACGUGCAGAAUAA